AUGGCGGUGUCGUCGCGAUGUGUUGCCGCGAAGUGUGUUGUGAUUUUUUUAUUAUUUGCGGCUUUGGAAGCUUACAGUCCUAGAGAAUGUGGAGUUCCCUUGAGGAGGCACACGAGACAGCCCCGCGAGAGGUCAGCCAGCCAACUCCGCAUCAUCAGAGGCAGGGAGUCCAAGAGAGGAGCGUGGCCUUGGCAGGUAUCUCUACAGCUGCUUCAUCCGAAUUAUGGGCUUAUUGGCCACUGGUGCGGCGGAGUGCUUGUACAUCCUCUAUGGCUCCUGACUACUGCACACUGUAUUCAUAAUGAGCUCUUCAACUUGCCAGUACCAGCGCUGUGGACGGCGGUUCUUGGAGAAUGGGAUCGUGCUGAACAGAAGGGGGCCUACGUACCAAUUGAGAGGAUAGUGUUGCAUCACCGGUUCCAUAAUUAUCAACACGAUAUUGCUCUGAUGAAGAUGACAAAAGCAGCCGACGUUAGUCCCGGCAGUAGAAUACGCACGAUCUGCCUACCUCCAUUCGAUCCACCAAUCGUCAACUUCGAAACAGAGAAGAUCACGUCAUUCUAUCUACGACCACAAUCGAAUGUCGAACCACCAAAGCGGAAACCAGCAAAGCCACCAAAACCAAAUCCGGACACUGCUAUGAAAUAUUUAGAGAAACUUAACAAUUUAACUAAGAACAUAUUCUCAGGAUUCACGAAUAAGAAACAUAAAAAUUAUAGAUACAACAUAAGAAUAGCAAACGACUCAAACCGACAAAGUGAUAGGAAGAAUGUAGAAGACGCGUAUAGAAAUAAUGAUAAUGGACAAAGUGAUACAGUUUAUGAUAGUGCAACAUUGGACAGUGUUAUCAAACUUAUAAAAACUAAAAUAGACAAAGGAAAACAUAGUGUUAAUGUUAAUGAUAGAAGUGAUAAGAAACUAAUGUUCGGUGAAGAAAUAGAUCCUUUUAUUGGUGAUUAUAAUAGUAUAGACUUUAGAGAUGAGUGUUACGCGACUGGUUGGGGGAGAGAACAAACUAACGGGACGCUUACUGAUGUAUUGUUAGAAGCUGAAGUGCCAAUAUUACCAUUAAAAAUAUGUAGAGACAGAUACGCAUUGUCUCUGCCAUUGAAUGAAGGGCAUUUAUGCGCCGGUAGCACGGAUGGUAGCACUGGUGCUUGUGUGGGUGAUAGCGGUGGCCCACUCCAAUGUAGAACUGGAGGACGUUGGGAGCUUCGAGGACUGACCUCGUUCGGGUCAGGCUGUGCGCGUCGAGGAGUACCAGACGUGUACACUAAUGUUGGACAUUAUGUAUCUUGGAUAUAUACACAUGUAUAUGCUACAUAG